AUGUCGUAUAGCUCGAGAAUUGCCUCAGUCCCUCUGCCUCGUCCAAGGCCUUCAAAUCUUCCUCACCGCCCAGGAACGAAGCGAAUCGAACCUCACAAAGUCAUAGGGGUCCGCGAAAAACUACGCAGCUAUCGCAUGGCUGUGAAACUACAAGACGUCGCCGUUCCAACCAACCUCGAAUCCAGCUCUCCCUUCCAAGCAUCCCACAGCUCCCAGGGAUCGUUAUCAUCUGCGUCGCGAUCGUUUCCGCCCCCUCUGAGCGAGGCAUCGUACGCGACGAGCCACACUGAUCUCACGGUUGUGUGGAGCCAGCAAGAUGGGAAUUACUUGUCGGAGCCAACGAAGAAGGCACUCGGCCCAGCAAUGAAAGCCCAGAAGGCGCUGAUUCGGUACCUGGAGAGUUGCUUGGGUGACUGCAGGAAGAGGAAAGUGAGGUGUUCAUUGUCCCAUCACGCCCUAGGGGAUAUCCUGGACGGAAGUCACGAUGAACAAAACGAAUCGGACGUCCAGUGGGCAUUAGAUUACGACUCUGAAGCAAAGGGGUCUGAUCCCCUUUCUGGCUUUCAUCUAAUUGAAGAUGCGAUAAAGGAAGAGCAGAAGUCGUCUAUCUUAGAGAACAUCGAUAAUGCGGCAAACAAGCUUGAUAUUCACACGAUACCAGAUAGCAUAUACCCAAGCACAAUCAACGAAGGUGACUUCGAGGACUCACUACUAGAACCGGAAGAGAUCGCUCAAUGCAGCCCUCUCCACCCCAGCAAUCCAUUUCAAUCCUUCGAUCCCCCGCCUAUGUCACGGCGGCAAUUCAGCACCCUCAAAACAGAUCGAACAUAUCUUCUGGCGACAGAGAUAGAAGUGUUGGGCCCCAGCGGGCCAUAUCACUACUACAUGUGUCUUUGCAACCCAGCAAAUUGCCAGGACACCUUCAGCUCGUCACAAGAGCUGCUUGAUCAUACACACCACUGUCACCCGGGCUUCCCGCCGAUGGCCUUCGACCCGAUGAGACUAGUGUGCCUGGAGUGUAUGAUAUUCUGCGCUGAGAGGUCAAAUUUUGGGACCUGUCCGAAUCCGCAGUGUUUAUCACAGCAGGAGCCGGUGGUGAAUAUCUAUGGAGAGUUUUAUCUGCCAGACGAAGUCUCCUGGAUGGACGAUGAGACGCCUUAA